AUGUUUUCAGAGGUUUUCAAGAGGGAGCAGAGGAGAAUACAUCUUCAAUCAGCUGCUUUAAACCUGGAGUCGGCACACGGAAAACAUCCCCUGAGUCUUCUCCUCCCCUUGCAGCUUGAGAACCACCUGUGGAGGGAGCUACACAAGGCGCCCUUUGUCUCUCAGCUUGUGUUGAACAGUGUACCUGCUUUUGAUAAAAGUCUUAGCCCGAAAAGCCACAUUUUUGUCCCUUUUCUUCCUCUUCCAUUUUUGCGGAGCCAACGAUCAAACCCACUUUCAACAUUUAACCUUAUAAAACGGGAGCAGGUCUUGGCUUUGGAAAUGGAUUUUAGAGUUCCCUGCGCCCGACCCGGGUCUGACUUUCUGAGAGGAAGGCUAAGAACUGGGCAUUAG